GACUUCCUGUUAGUUGACGAGCGUUAGUACAAAAAGAGAAAAAAAAAGAAAACACAAUUCUUAGCGAAACCCUCUGGAGACUUCGAAUGCCCGCUUUGAUUUAAGCCACCGCUCGUAUGGCAACGUAGCGAUUGGUUUCAGGACACCGCAGCUGGAUGAAGUACGAGCAGCGGGACAUAAAGAGACAUUUAGAGUUUAUUGUUCUUCGCCAGCUCCCUCCAGCUAAGCGCUAGCUGCGGUUAGCUAACACACUGUGUGUGCUUAGCUUUUGAUUAGCGAGCGGCUUUAAGGGGAAACUGCUAACCUGAGCUAAAAGUCUUGACAUUUGCUGUGAGAGAAAUGGCAACGUCGGCUCUGUACGCCUGCACGAAGUGUAACCAGCGGUACCCGUUCGAGGAGCUGUCGCAGGGCCAGCAACUGUGCAAGGAAUGUCGCAUUGCACAUCCAAUAGUGAAAUGCACAUACUGCAGAUCAGAAUUUCAGCAGGAAAGUAAAACAAACACAAUCUGCAAGAAAUGUGCACAGAAUGUCAAACAGUUUGGAACUCCUAAACCUUGCCAGUACUGUAACAUCAUUGCAGCUUUUAUCGGAACAAAGUGCCAGCGCUGUACUAACUCAGAAAAGAAAUACGGACCUCCACAGACCUGUGAGCAGUGCAAACAGCAAUGCGCCUUUGACCGUAAGGAGGAAGGCAGGAGAAAGGUGGAUGGUAAACUGCUGUGCUGGCUUUGUACCCUUUCUUACCGCCGGGUUCUGCAGAAGACCAAGGAGCAGAGGAAGGGCUUUGGCUCCUCCAACUCGUCUUCACUGAAUGAGAAGGACCACCAUUCCAGAUCGCACCAUCACCACCACCACCAUCAACAGAGACACAGUAGUUCUCACCACAAACUGAGUGGAAGCUUGAGUCCUGAACAGGAGCAGGGAUUGUGGAAACAAAGCCAUAAAUCGUCGUCAAUUCAGGAGACUCCAAAAAAGAAACCAAAACUGGAGAUGAAGCCAUCUAAUGGGGACAGUAGUUCCAUCACCCAGUCUAUGGAUUCUGGAGGAACAGACAACUUCAUUCUCAUCAGCCAGCUAAAAGAGGAAGUAAUGUCACUAAAGAGACUCCUGCAGCAAAAGGAUCAAACCAUUCUAGAGAAGGAUCGAAAGCUCACAGAGCUCAAAGCAGACUUUCAGUACCAGGAGUCAAAUAUGAGGCUCAAGAUGAACCAAAUGGAGAAAGCACACAAAGAGGCAAUGGAACAGCAGCAGGCCAAGAACCGAGAGUUAAUGAAACAAGUGGCUGCUCUCUCAAAGGGAAAAAAGUUUGACAGAACGAGCAGUUCACUCCUGCUACCUUAACAAUAAGCCAACCAGUGGGUAAUGACACAGAUUGGCUUCACUGUUCCAACACUGUGAAAGUCACCCUCAGUCAUUGUCAUCGAUAUGGAGUACUUCUUAAAUGGUAAAACCAGAAACCACGAUGGACAUGGAAGUCACCUGAUGAAUUUAAGAACAAGAAAUGUUUCAUUAAAUUGCUGUCAACAUAUUUUAGAUAUUUUAUGGUGACUUUUCCACUGGAUUAUGGGAGUGGAGCACAGAGCCCUCAUUUUUUAUUAUUUUUAAUUUUUUUCAAAACACUGCCGGGCUUAAAGAACCAUGGUGUGUCUAUUUGGAUAACACUCUGUUGACUCCAUGUUUCCACUUAAAUUUUAUGGCUAUCAUGCAAUUUAUUUAUUCAACUGUACUUCUUAGAUUUUUGUUUUUUUCACAACUUAAGAAUCCCACAUUUUGGGGUUUUCUUCAAUAGCAAUUUGUUAUUUUUCUAAAUAUGAUUGUGAAAGACAAGCUCUCCUUCACGGAGACCCUGCACAACUUUCUAAUGUAUGCAAACACGGGACAGGUGACCACUGAGGUGCUGCUCAACAGUAGAGAAAUCUCAACAUCAACAGGAAAAAAAACAACCAAUGACCUUUUUGAAAGGCUGCCUGACAGGGACACUUGUUGGCUGCCCUUUUUCUCACUGUGUGACAGCUGUAGUGCUUUGCCGUUUCUCUUUAGUGGAACAGUUGUAAUAAUGCAUGGUUUUUACUGCCAUAUACAAGUUGGCAUUGUGGUCAAACUUUUUUUUUCCUUCUUUUUUAUUAGUUUUAUAAGAAUCACAUGUAAAUAUAUUACUGGGGUCAGCUAUUGUAUUUAAACUAUUGCUUGUAUCUGUUUUAGUGAACAGUAUGUGUACAGUGAGGCCAGUUUGAAAAUAACAUAUCUAUAGAAGAUGCUUUUUAAAGGAACAUGUGUCUCACCUUGCAUUGUUGGCCUGGUUUCAUACUGUGGCGUUCAGGAUCGCUUUUGUACUUUUUCCAAAUCUUGCUUUAAAAACUAUUAAACUGGUUAAACUGUUG